AUGGCACUCAGCAUGUUCCUGGAACAUGUUGAACGGAAUUUCUGUGAUCUUUCCUAUCACUUUAACGCUGAAACCAUGGAUCACAUGUACAGAGCAACACAGCAGAUUGUUGAACAGGUCGUGAAUGACAUAGGGAGAAUAAAACCUCACCUGAAUGUUAAGGAAGUAAUAAGCAUCGGCAGUUUUGCAGAGGGAACUAAGAUUUGUUCUCCCAAUGAGUUUGACUUCUUAGCAUGUUUUGAUUUUCUCUCCAAGAAGGAAAAUGUGCGAAUUGAGGGCAUUGAAGGUUGCCAACCAGGUUACAUGGUGGCUUUUCUCAACUCCGGCUUUGAUGAGGCCAUGGCGAACAUAACUAGGCUACUCUAUGAGGAUAUUUGCUGCAUACACCAUGAAGGAUUGCGUGCAGAGUUUGUGGAUACUCUGAAAGAGGUCGUUAAAGCCAUGUCAAAGAAGAAGAUUGUGACUCCACUUGGUGUCAUGGUCAUUAAAGGUUCAGACUAUUUAGCUUUGAAACUAGAGUGGCACAAAUUUGAGGAGAACUAUAAAGGUCCUGAAGUAUAUAGUGGACUUUGUGAAAGAGAAUUUACAUUAACAACUUCCUACUCACUAGAUAUUGGUGUUGAUAUUAUGCCAGCAGUGUCUGUUGAGGACUUUUCUCCUCUAAGUGAUCUCCAUGGUUUUCCCAGGCAUAUAUUUGGAAUGACAGGAAACCUAAAGUUUCAUCUUGUGUGCAAAGUGUCAGGGCAGUCCCCUAAUGCACCUUAUCUCCACAUUUCCCAUGCUACCACUGAGGUUUUUCUCGUGCGCCAUCUACAUCCAAUCCAUAAAAAAUGCUACAGGGUAUUAAAGUAUCUUCUGACUCACGACACAUAUUUUAACAGGCCAAUAAAAGACAUAAGCCUGUCUUCUUAUGUGUUUAAAACUGCUGUCCUUUUCCAUGAAUAUGAGAAGCUGUGCUCAGGUACUCCAGAUAUUGUAACCUGCUGCAUUGAAAUUAUACGAUAUGUCAGAGUCAAAUUAAGGCAGGGUGUGUUUCCACCGUUCCUGAUGAGAACAACAAAUGCUUGGGGGCAGUGUUACAAAAUUCCUGUAUCAGAUGCAUGGAGGCCAACAGAUCUAAACAGAGAGAUCUGCUCAUUUGACUGGUGUUUUGUUUUGUGGUUUCAGCUUUGGAGGCAAUUUCUUUGCAAGGCAUUGACAAUAUUUCAAAACAUAAAAAUGAAACUGCAAACAGAAGAACCAGAAACCAGUGAUAGCAGCACUUUAUUGGAUGAUGCUUCACUAAACACCAUGUCUCAAACACGUAAUUUAGUGUAUUAUAUUCCAAAUAAGUAUGAUUCAUUUCUAGCUGAGUUUGCAGUUUUAAGAGAGGAUGCAUUUGUCAUUACAACUAAGUACUCUAAAGAUGCAAAAGAUACAGCAACAAGUAGUUUGGUUAGCCGAUGUCCAUCGGAAAAAGUCUGGGAAUUAGUUCUACCUAAAUUUCCCGAAUAUCUCAAUCGAAUUGAAAGUGUGUGCGGCAGGGAAAUGAGUAUCCCAAAGGAAGAAUUUGAGGAAGUGGUAGAAGUGGGCUGA